UAUAGUUAAAAUUCGUUCAUUAAUGCCCAUAGUUUUAUGUAAAAGAUGAUUAACUUUAUAUGGAAAGGGUAAUAUAAUAUCAGUUAAUAAUCGAACAUAUGUCAGAGAACCGUUAAUGUACACUGUAUUAAUCGAUCUACUAAAGAAGAUAGAGAUUUGUAUUAUUAAAGAUCUGUAAAAAGUAUAAUUACUUUUAACUUCUAUGAACGAUUAUCGACGUCAUAAAGAUGGCAAAAGAAACAGGAAAGAAAAGUGAUAAAAAAGGUGGGAAGUCAGAUAAUUCAGAACAGCAACAACCAUCUGGAUCAAAACAACAGCAGCAACCAUCUGGAUCGGAACAACAGCAGCAACCAUCUGGAUCAGAACAACAGCAGCCAUCUGAACCAAGACAACAACAACAAUUACCUGCUUCAAGUCAACAGCAACAAUGGCCACACGUAUCAGGACAGCAACAACAACGGCCACCUGGCCCAGGACAAGAGCAACAACGGCCUCCUGGCCCAGGACAACAGCAACAACGGCCAUCUGGCCCAGGACAACAGCAACAACGGCCACCUGGCCCGGGACAACAGCAACAACGGCCACCUGGCCCAGGACAACAGCAACAACGGCCACCUGCCUGGGGACAACAGCAACAACGGCCACCUGGUCCAGGACAACAGCAACAACGGCCACCUGGCCCAGGACAACAGCAACAAUGGCAACCUGGUCCAGGACAACAGGAACAACGGCCACCUGGCCCGGGACAACAGCAACAACGGCCACCUGGCCCAGGACAACAGCAACAACGGUCACCUGGCCCAGGACAACAGCAACAACGGCCACCUGGCCCAGGACAACAGCAACAAUGGCAACCUGGUCCAGGACAACAGCAACAACGGCCACCUGGCCCAGGACAACAGCAACAAUGGCAACCUGGUCCAGGACAACAGGAACAACGGCCACCUGGCCCGGGACAACAGCAACAAUGGCAACCUGGUCCAGGACAACAGCAACAACGGCCACCUGGCCCAGGACAACAGCAACAAUGGCAACCUGGUCCAGGACAACAGGAACAACGGCCACCUGGCCCGGGACAACAGCAACAACGGCCACCUGGCCCAGGGCAACAGCAACAACGGUCAUCUGAACCUGGACAACAACAACAACAGCCUCCUGGACCAGGACAGCAGCAACAACGGCCACCUGAACCAGGACACCAACAACAGCAGACAUCUGAGUCACAGCAAUUAUGUGAUUUAGAAACGGCAGUGUCUAAAACAUCUUUGAGCAAACCAAGUGUGCCUAUGGAAACUGCUUUAGAAGGUCUACUGCCGCAUGUGCCACCGAUUGUAACCAGAAGUUCGGUGACUGGAAGAUAUAUUGUACCAUAUACAUUGCAAAAUCAGUACAUGAGUCAAAUACCAAAGAGAAGUGGUCUUGGUGGAGGGAGAGCGGGUAGACCUAUUACGGUGGAGACAAAUAUGUUUAAAAUUGUUUUUAAUAAAAAUUUUCAAGAGAACAUUAUCCACUACGACGUGGUCAUCGAACCAGAUAAACCAAAGUUUUUAAUGAGGCCAGUUUUUGAGCUAUAUCGAAAGAAGAAUUUUCCAAAUAGGUACCCAGCAUUUGAUGGGAAACAAAAUGCAUACAGUGCGCAGGAGCUUCCAUUUGGCGAUCGCAGUAAAGAACAAGAAAUAAAAGUUUUUGACGAAGAACGCCAACAAGAAAGAAGCUUCAAAAUGUAUAUGAAAAAGGUUGCAUCUCUUAAUUUAGCAUGGUUGAAAAAUAUAAAGUAUGGUCUAGUUGAAUUACACUCGGAACAAAGAUGUGUGCAGGCUUUGGAUGUUAUUCUACAGCAUGGGUCUGCAAAUCACCAUGUUUCAGUGGGCAGUUCACUGUUUCCAGCUCCUGAACCAGGUAGAGUUGUAUCAAUAUCAGGUGGUAUGGAUUUAUGGAUCGGUUUAUUUCAAUCUGCUAUAGUUGGAUGGAGACCUUACUUGAACGUCGAUGUUGCGCACAAAGCAUUUCCUAUGCCCCAGUCAGUUAUUAAUCUGAUGAAAGAGCUUUGCCAAGAUCCCAGAAGUCGUACACCGCUACAGCAUGUAACUGCAAAGGAUGUAGAAUAUAAUUCUGAAAAGAUAACGAAGUUUUUAAAAGGAUUGAAAAUUCAAUAUGAAAUACCUGGUCAACCACAUAGCAAAAGAACUUACCGUGUAAACGGAUUAGUCGGCUGUCCAAGAAACAAUGAAUUUCGUUUAGACGAUGGCAGUAUGUGCACGGUUGAAAAUUAUUUUUUACAAACAAAAAAGUAUAGGCUGGAAUUUCCUGAUCUACCCUGCCUUUGGGUAGGAUCCCGGAAUAGUGAAAAGAAAAUACAUUUACCCGUAGAGUUAUGUACAAUUGUGGCUGGACAAGUCACGCAAAAGAAAAUGGAUGAAACUCAAACGUCGAAAAUGAUUCGUUACGCGGCAACUGACACCCACACACGUAAACAAAGAAUUAUGAACGGCUUCGCAAAAAUGAGAUUAAACCAACAACCAACUUUGAUGAAAGAGUUUGACCUUUCUGUCCAAGGGGAAUUUGAAAAAGUACCAGCCAGAGUCCUUCAGGCCCCCAAAUUAAAGUAUAAAGAAAACGAAGUUAAUGUAUUUAAAGGAGUAUGGCGUGCGGAUAAAUUUUUAAGUUCAUGCGAAUUACCAGACAAUUCAUGGACUAUUUUGAAUUUAGACAGAUACGUUCAAGAUCGUGAGUUAUAUGAUGGUUUGCACAAUAAAUUGCAAGCCGGUGGUAAAUUUGUCAAUAUGUGGAUUGGCAAAGCACUAACUCCAUUUACGACUUUAAGUGUACAAAGAAAUAUUAAUAAUAUCUUGCAGUAUUUUACAGAGAAAAAGGAACAAAAUUUAAGAUUAGUGGUCGUAAUAAUUCCAAAUUUAGACGAUGCAUACAGUAUAGUGAAGCAAAUUUCCGAGCUGAAAAUAACGGGUGGUAUAGUAACCCAAUGUUUAAAGUCUCAAACGUUAAAAAAAUUGAGCGACGCAACGAUUACAAAUAUUUUACUCAAAAUAAAUUCGAAGCUCAAUGGCGUUAAUCAUACAUUUGCUCCUACAUUUCGGCCGGCCUGUUUAGCCGUACCAUGUAUGUUAGUUGGCGCGGACGUCACCCAUCCAUCUCCCGAUGCUGUAAACAUACCAUCGAUCGCUGCUGUCGCCGCGAGUCACGAUCCCAAUGCUUUCCGGUAUAACAUUGAACUAAGACUUCAGCCGCCAAGAGAAGAGAUCAUUCAAGAUCUCCAAAUGAUAAUGCACAAGCAGUUGCUUUACUUUUUCCGGGCGACCGGGAAGAAGCCUAUAAAAAUUAUCUUUUAUCGAGACGGCGUGAGCGAAGGCCAACUUGCCCAAGUGAUGCAUUUUGAAAUAUCCGCGAUAAAAAAAGCUAUCGCGAAUUUAGAAAAAGACGGUCAGCAUAAAAUAGCGCUUACGUUCCUCGUGGUGCAAAAGAGACACCACAUACGACUUUUCCCUACCGAUCAGAGGAAUUCCGACGAUAGGAAUUUCAACGUGCAAGCGGGUACCAUUGUCGACACGGAAAUCACGCAUCCAACUUUCAUAGACUUCUAUCUCGUAUCGCACGCUAGUAUUCAAGGUACUGCGAGGCCUACAAAAUACAGAUGUAUAUGCGAUGAAAAUAAGAUGACGGAAGACGAAAUUGAACAGCUAACAUAUUACCUUUGUCAUAUGUUCGCACGUUGCACAAAAUCGGUUAGUUAUCCUGCGCCUACCUAUUACGCUCAUUUAGCUGCUUUCAGAGCCAGAGCACUGAUACGCAACGUUUCCUUAAACAUGGAGAAUCUGAUAGGCGAGCAACAAAAGAACAUGACUUUACAAAUGACAAAUUCACCGAUGUUUUUUGUGUAAAAAUUUAUACAUAUAUAUAUAUAUUAUUCUAUAUUUUUGCUUUUGAAACGGACAUGUUACUAUGCUUUUGGCAAUUUUUAUACAAUUAAUUAAUUAAUAUGUCAAUGAAUAGUUGUUGCAUUAUAUUAUUCGGUAAAUCAUAUUAUCUUUUAUUAAAACGAGAAUACGAUAUGUUUUAUUUUAUCAUGUUAAGAAAUAAUUUUAAUUAUUUUAUUCGAAACUUUUGAUCGGCAUCGCUAAGUUUCGUGACUUGUUCGUGAAAUGGAACCUUAGCCGAAAGAAUCACGAUGCUAUUCCUUUUAUUUAUAUUUGAGUAUGUAUAAUCUACUACAAUCCGCGAUGUAAUCUGCU